AUGGAUGUCAAGCCUCAUCGGCCUAUACGCAUACGCGUUAACAAUGACGAGAACCUCCCUCCUGUCGGCCAUAAUACCAAAACAAUUCAUCAGCGAAACAAAUCAAGUCCUGCAUUGACCGGGUUGCCGCCGACACAGGGACUCGCAGCUGGAGCUAAGCGGAAAGUUUUUGGGGACGUGAGCAAUACUGCCACAGGUGUAAAACCUAGCAAAGACGACUUGGCUUUGCAGAACAAACCCAUUUUGCAGCCAACAAUCAAGCCUCUAUAUGAGAGGAAAUCGACCAGUCUGCUAAGACCAGCUCAGAGACCCUUAUCAGUCUCGGGUUUGAAGACCUUCUUCUCUACUGCCGGCAACAAUGCAGCCUCUGACAAUGCAGUUACUGUGCCAGCAGAGGGCAGUGGCCUUCACUCACAGGCUCCAGGUGGCAAGAAAACGUUGACCAAACGACACACUACCAUCUUCAAAGAUAACCGUCUAGUGACGGUGCAAGAAACGGAAUCCAUAAGUGUGCAGUCGAACACUCCCGAUGAUGCUGCACAAGGAAAGGACGCAGUAGAGAUCACACGUCUCGACCGUCAGCCACUGCCCCUUCCCCUCCCAUCUACGUCGCAGACUGUCGUUGAGCCCGUCAAAGAAGUCUCAGAGCCUCGAUCAGAGAUCAGCUUACCAGGCAUUGACGAAGUCAGCUUGGAGCCUGCGGUGUCCAGAGCAGUAAACAAUGACUCCUACGUUAGAGAAGCCGUCACUACUAUCUCAGAGCUGGCUGGCCUUCCCGUCAAUUCCCAGCACGAACUUCACACAACUUCCACUGUCCUCCCACCACUUUCUCUCAACACCAGUGCUCAAGCAUCGACCAAAUCCGAAUCACAACAGAUCGCUGUUGCGAAGCUUGUCAACCCUGUCGAUGCGGCCCCUCCUCUUCCCUCACAUAAUAAUUACCUGAUCGGAACGACGGAACAAGAGGAGUAUUGGGAAGAAGAAGACGAGGAAAACUACGAAGAGGAAGGCUACGUGACGGCUAGAUCAUUUCGAUCCAGAGGCGACAACACGACGGGUGGCGCCACAGCUGUCUUAUUCCCUCAGGUGAACCAGCGCAUCCGCAAGGAGCUUGCACAGGCAAAACAACUCGUUGAGGCGACUCGAUCUCCCGAAGAACUCGAGGACGAGAGCUUCGACACCAGUAUGGUCGCCGAAUACGGAGAUGAGAUCUUCGAUUACAUGAAAUCUUUGGAACUGAAGAUGCUACCCAACGCCCAUUACAUGGACAACCAACAUGAAAUCCAAUGGUCAAUGCGGUCUGUCCUGAUGGACUGGCUCGUGCAAGUUCAUCUGCGCUUCAACUUGCUGCCGGAGACUCUGUUCCUAACGGUCAACUACAUCGACCGCUUCCUGUCCUGUAAAGUGGUUUCCCUCGCCAAGCUGCAACUCGUUGGUGCAACCGCAAUCUUCAUUGCCGCCAAGUACGAAGAAAUCAACUGCCCGUCCGUUCAAGAGAUUGUGUACAUGGUUGAUGGUGGUUACACUGUUGAUGAGAUCCUAAAGGCCGAACGCUUCAUGCUCACAAUGCUUCAGUUCGAGCUGGGAUGGCCUGGCCCGAUGAGCUUUUUGAGAAGGAUCAGCAAGGCUGACGACUACGAUCUCGAGACUAGGACAUUGGCCAAGUAUUUCUUGGAGGUUACACUCAUGGACGAGCGUUUUAUUGGUAGUCCACCAAGUUUCACAGCGGCAGCCUCUCACUGUCUCGCACGUGUUAUGCUCCGAAAGGGGAGCUGGACUGCUCACCACGUUUACUAUUCCGGAUACACCUAUUCACAGCUUGAGCCUCUUGUUAGCCUGUUACUGGAGUGCUGUGACAAUCCUCGCAAGCACCACAGUGCGGUGUUCAAUAAAUACUGCGACAAGCGCUACAAGCGAGCGUCUGCCUUUGUGGAAACGGAGAUUCAGAGAGGAUUCCAGCUCCCAGAUUACAGCACCUCGGUAUUCUUAUCCCAGCCACCCACACUCCCAUACUACGACAGCAUUUCUUACUAUCGCAACUAA